AUGGAAGAUGAAAGCACGAACACAACAUGCUACAUAGAAAGCAGUGCAGCAAAUGCCACUUUGAUUACAAUAUAUAUUGUAAUUUUUAUUGGAGGAACAAUUGGAGCUGUUGUUAUGAUCUUUUUGAUAACUGGUAUGAACAGACUUUCUGUAACAAAUACAUCAGUGCUCAACCUGUUAAUUGUCCAUGGUUUAUUCCUUAUCACCGUGCCAUUCCGCAUCGCAUACUAUUUUCAAAACAAAUGGAACUUUAGACUUCACUUUUGCAGACUGGUUAGUGCCAUGAUUCACCUUCAUAUAUACAUCUCUUUUAUAUUUUAUGUGAUCAUGCUGAGCAUGAGAUACAUCAGUUUCUUUAAACAAAUGGACAAAAUUGAGUUCUACAGGACAUUCCAUUCUUUGGUAGCCAGUGGAGCUGUGUGGGUUUUAAUAUGCGUUAUAAUUCUACCGUUGGUGCUCACAAAAUAUGGCACAACUGCAAGUUUCAAUGAAACACAGUGUUUCCAAUUUCAAGAGGAACUUAAGGACCCAGCUGUGAUAAAAAUAAACUAUUUCAUCACUGCAGUCAUGUUCACAGUGGUUUGUUUGCUCCUAGCUGUGCAGAUCUUUAUCAUUGUACAAGUCAUGAAAAAAGUUGGGAAACCUGUUCUGGCCCAUCAAGAAACCUGGAUUCAGCUUAAAAGUAUUUUUUUCAUUUUGGUGAUGAUAAUUUGUUUCUUCCCUUUUCACAUAUUCAAAAUCUACUAUAUGCGACAUACAAGGGAAUGUUUUUAUUACAAUGAAAUUUGUUUGAGCAUAACUGCACUCAGUUGCCUAGACUUUUUAUUAUUUGGACUUAAAACAUAUUUCCAAAGAGUGACUUGA